AUGUACAAAUUGCAGGUGGUCUUGGUUCCUCCUAGUGCAAAAGACUUCAUUUUGCCAUUGGGCUUCAAUUCAAAUAGUGGAAUGAUUGAUCCAAACAAUACUUUAAAUCAACCAAAUAAUUUAAGCAAUAAUCAGGAAGCUUCCAUGAAUCAGAUCUUUCCAAGUAACAAUUCAUCAAUUUUUAAUUUUAACAACGUUAGAUUCAAGAAAUUUUUACAUUUUACUAAACCUAAUAAUAAUUUAUUUGCACUAUCGCAAGAAAUUCUGAACAAAUGUGAAAAGAUGUACCCUAAAUUAAUAGACGACAUUGAAAUAUUAAGUCUACAGGACGCAAAUAGUUGCGAUUUAGAUCCGGAUUUUACGGUCAAGGAUGUCUUCAAUGUGGAUAAUGUCGUACAAGUAAUCUUGAAAAAUGAGUUAGAUAUAGAUAAUAAUGAAGAUAUGUCAUUAUAUAGAAAUGCCAAGAGAAUAAAACUGGACAGUGGAAGCUCACAGAUUACUCAGCAAAAUUAUACUGGUGGUAAUAGUGGUGUAAUUAAAGUUUUAAAGAAGCGUACAAAUCAAGCCAACUUAAGAGUUUCAACUCCAUUGGCAAACCAAAUUUAUCCAAAUACAAAUAAUAAUUCUGAUAUAGACAAUAAUGACGAAGAUUUUGGUGAAAGAUCUUUCCUACCACCCCCUACGCAUCCUCAAUCUCCACCAAUACGUAUCAGUUCAGGUAUUGACAAUUAUAGCGUAAAGAGGAUCAAGGUAACGAAUGAAGAUACGGUGUCGAGAUCAGCAACGGUUGAUCCUGACAAAACGAAGCAGCAACGUAUGCUUUCAGGUACUCCUUUGAAAAAUACAAUGACACCGAAUCGUGUAACUUUGACAGGUCAAAGGGUAGUAUCUGAAAAUAACGUCACAAGUUCUAAUAACAAUAAUGGUUUGAUAUUCACUGGAGUUACAUCCUCUAAUAAAAGUGCACCUAACUCAACUCCGCGUAUAGCAUCGGGUAUGUUAUCAAUACCAGAACCUAAGAUUUCAGAGGUUGAAAAAGAACUCAGAGAAGGCCCCUCAAGUCCUUCUAGUUUAUUGCCUGCAAAGCCUGAUAGAAUUCCGAUGAAAAAGCCAUACAUUGAAAAGACUGAGCAACCAGAAUCUUCUUCUGAAGACUUUUCCGAAAGCUCAUCUUCUGAGGUAAGAGACAGUAAUGCAUCCCCUUCCAAAGAAGCUAACGGUGUAGCAACAGAGUUGAGUAUAAAGUCACCAACUAAAAAUACUCCAUUCAACACUGUUAGUAGCAUUCAAUACAGAGACUUGGCAAAUCAUACAUCAGUUCAAAGAAAAUCGUCUUUAGAAACGAGAAUUGAGAGUAAAGCAAUUGCUCAAACAGCUCAAGGGCAUAACGAAAUGAGAAGAAUUGAUAAUUUCUCCGAUACAGAUGAUGAAGAAAACGAACGCAUGGAUGAUACUUCCAUUGGGAAUGAUACAGUGCGUCAUAAUGAUUUAGACUCUAGUAAAACCAUGCAUAAAGAUGAUUUAAUACGGAUGGUAACUGAUUACCAAAAUUCAAAGCAGGUAGCUCCCUCUCCUAUCUUAGAGAAACCCACAUUAUCAAAUUCUUCUCUUGAUAUUAAAGAUUCUGAGGAAAAAAUUACUCAACAGAAGAAGAGUGAUAUUGAGAGCUCUUUGAUCUCCAAACCAUUGAAAGAAAAUUUAAUUGAACCAGAGAAAGGUUCGCUUUUUAAAUCUGUAGAAUCUUCGUCCAAUAGCACAAUCAGGGUAUUGAGAAAUACAAAAAAGGUACCUGAAGAACAGGAAAAUGAAAGCGAACUUUCAGCAGAUGAUGAGGAAGAUAAAGAUAAAAACAAACCACUACAUAAAAAAAGUUACAGGAAGCCUGAUACUCCUGCCCCUAGUAAGGACCAUUUGUCUACAGUUACUUCUAAGAAAAGCAUCACGUCUGAGGAUAAUAAAAGUGUCGACAAACCACAAGUCAAGAGCUCAGGUGAAAAUGCAAAGCCUAAACAGUCGCUUGUUACUAAAAGCAAGCCUACAAAGGUCACAAAACCUACGAUUGAAGCUUCCCCUAAGGGAAAAAAAAUGAUCGUCCCAAUUUUAAAUAAGCACAAUAUUGUAACUCCUAAGGCUCCAAAUAAAGCAAAUGAUGCGCCACCACCAAGAAUUUCGCAAGGUACUAAUGCUAAAAAGGAACAAAAAGGUGAAGUGAAAGGUAGUUCGUCAAAUGAUUCGGAUGAGAGCAGCUCUUCUUCGGAUUCUUCUAGUUCCGAUAACGAAACUGAGAGAGUUGUAACUGUUAGAACCGUAACCAAGAAACCAUCGACUAGAGCCUCAUUAAAUAAAGCUCAGGCUCAAAAAGUCAUUGAUAAAUCUGUUAAAGAACAUUUCCCUUUCAAGAAGAUCCAGAAAGAAAAGGUUUAUCAGACUCCAGAAUUUCUCGAGUCCAGUGACGAAAGUGAUACAAAUACUGAAAACGGUUUAAAUCAAGACAAGAAGGGCAAGAAAUUACAAGAAGAAAAGGUGGAGAAGGGAGAAGUAAUCAAUAAAAACUCUGAAAACGAUGAAGCAGCACCUAUGACCAAGUUAGAAAAAGAUACGCAUAAAAAGGAACCUGUUAAGAAAGCUGUUAGUACAAAGCCUGAUGUAGCCAAAAGUACUAAGGAUACGCUUCAGAAGAAGGAGGCCCAAAAGAAUGAACCAUCUAAAGCCAAAGACAACAAGACUGCAGCUGUCUCGCUUGAAACACAUGGAUUAGUAUCUAGGAACGUAAUGGCCCCAGGUCUUACUAGCAAUGUUAAAAAUAGCAAAUCUGCAUCUUUAUCUUCUUCAGAUAGGGAAUCUUCAAGUAGCAGGGACGAUUCCUCUUCAUAUUACAGCUCAACUGACGAUUCAUCAUCAGAAGAAGAAAAUUCAACCUCGUCAACCAGAAAAGCAAGAAGAUUGGUCGUUGCACCACCUAAAGGCAUUGUAGGAACAUACAGUAGGAAGACUACCUUGGGUAAUAUAUCAGAUUUAGAAAAUGCUCCUCAAUCUACCCAAGUUUCGUCGCUCUCUUCACAGCAAGCAUCACCUAGCAAAACACUUGUACAAUCAAAACAACUAAAUGGUGCAACUGCUCCAUCAAAGGUGCAGCCACAUGAUAGUAGUAGUUCUUUGAGCUCUUCAAGUGUAUCCAAUAAAUUGCCUCAAAAGAUUCGUCCCUCCUUAAGUUCCUUAUCUGAUUUGGCAUCAAGAGGUAUACCCGAUGUCAGAGAAAAAAGUAAUAAAGUUGCUUCUUCACAUCAGAAAACUAAGGCUGAAAAAGAAGAAUCGGAAUCAGACUCUGAGUCAAGUGACGAUAACUCAAGCCAUGAAUCAAGUUCUGAUGAUGAUGAUGAUUCAGAGUCAGACUCAGAUAGCUCUUCAGAUAACGGUAAUAGCGAUUUUAUCAGUGCAAAGUCUGCAAGUGCUUUAUUGGGAAAGAAGAAAAAGAAGGCAAGUGGUGGUUUUGCAUCCUUGAUUAAAGAUUCGAAGAAAAAGUAA